CAAGUCAAGUGUGCGAUGUUGUAGCAGAAGUUUAUGAUUUAUGACAUUCAUAAACCAUUAAAAAACAAAACAGAAACGAAGCCAGACACAGCUAGCAAAGCGUUUGUAAGCUGUUUGCUGUUGUAGCAAAAGAUGCAUCCUGACCAGUCUGAAUUCCGUAACUGUAAAAUUAAUAGCAAGUUCUGAAUGUAUCAUGCGCUGCCUCAAACGAACAUGCGAUGUGAACGGGAAGAGCACUAGGAGCACAUCACCUUAUGCGUAAAUCUACAUACAAACUUGUCGACCAAAUAUUCUGAUCAUCUAUACAGUUCUGGCAACCUUGCGCGAAAAAAAACAAUCAUGUCGCGUUUAAUUGCGGGGCGUACACGAAUUAACCGAAGGGACGUUGAUGAGGGCACGUUAAUUGAUAAUGAGAUACAUGAAACGUACGACAGCACUGACACUGAUCCACCAGUAUCUCCUGUAGCUCGGACAGUCGUUGCGUCCGAUGACAUACCUUACGACUUGAGCAACUCUGAAGAGACCGACCCGCGAAGGCCUAUUGAACUCAGCCACAGGUGCGAAGCCCUCAGUUAUACAAGUGUACAGAGAUGCUGGCAACUGAACUACCACGAAGCUGCGAUAUUUAUAGAGGAAGGACGGAACAACGACAAAUUAAACUUCCACCCAUGCAACCGAGAGGCACUGCCAGCCUAUUUGAUUGUGCACAACACGCUCUUCUACUGCUUGGAUUUGCUUUCAGCAAUAGUGCUCAUGUCACUGGCAGUGAUGGAGAAACCUGCAGUUACAGGAUUCGAUGUGUCAAUUGCUUUACACGUUUCUGUGGAGCUUCUGGCACUCUCCGUAUUAGCUGUCGAACUGUUCAUGAAGAUGCGCUGGAUGGGUGUCAGGCCGUUCUUUUCACAUCAGAGAACAUUGUUCAAGCUGAUGGUGCUCGUCAUAAUGUUCGUCGAAGCGAUUGUUGUGGCAGCGCGGCAGACGACGCACAUAAGAGUUGUGAGAGCGUUACGACCCAUAUUUCUCGUUGACAACUACUACCUAGGAGGGGUACGAAGGCUUGUUCGACAAAUCCUACAAUCACUCCCACCUGUACUUGACAUGCUCGUCAUAUUGUUCUUUUUUAUGUCCAUAUUUGCAGUAUUAGGAUUUCACAUCUUCACAGCAGACAAAUCUGCACUGUACUUCGACACAUUUUACGACAGUUUUGUCAACCUGUUUGUGUUGCUGACUACGUCCAAUUUUCCAGAUGUGAUGAUGCCUUAUUAUGCGCGAUCAAAGUGGGCUGCGUUUUUCUUUGUCAUUUUCCUCCUGGUUCAUCUUUAUUUCCUCAUGAACCUGCUCUUGGCGGUGGUCUACGAACGUUUCUCGUCCCUCGAAAAAGAGAAGUUUCGGAAACUCCUGCUGCACCGCAGGAAAGCCUGUCAGCAGGCGUUUCGCCUCCUUGUCAACCGUGCGACGCCGUCUUCCCUGUACUUUGUACACUUUGAAGGGCUAAUGAAAUACCUGAAACCCAGAGCAAAAAGGCAAGACGUGUAUCUGAUGUUCAAGACUAUGGAUGUUGACCGAAAAGGAUUUCUCAACAAGGAUGACUUCCUCCAAAUUUACGGAGCGUGCACUCUAACUUGGGAGAGGCAGUGGUCAGACUCGCCAUGGUUCUGUGAGCUGAAAAGACCAUUUGAGAGAAAAUUGUUUCAAGGUGCUUACAAACUGGCAACCUGCAAAUGGACACACAUGACUAUUUAUACAGUGAUUGCUGCAAGUUUUGCUUGGCACAUCAUAGAAGCUGCAGAAAUGUCAAGUGGUCACACAUCAUUCUUUGGCGAAGGAAAAAGUGGCCUAUCAGCUUGGGUCCUGGUAGGAGUGUUAAUAUUUUACAUCCUUGAAAUGUUCCUAAAAAUGGCUGCUUUUGGUAUUGGCGAAUAUUUUCAUCACAGCUGGAACAAAUUUGACUUUGUGAUCAUCACGGUGACUAUUGUAGUGGGCUGUAUCGGCACCUUCCUUAAUCUUAAUCUCUUGCGGAUCGUCGUGAUCCGGUCUCUGCGGCUGCUGAGGCUCUUCAAGCUAAGGAAGAGGUACCAUGACGUCCUAGGAACUGUCUUUAUCCUGAUGCCAAGGUUCACCAGUGUCAGCCUAGUGCUCAUUAUUGUUUACUACUUCUUUGCCAUCAUUGGAAUCGAGUGCUUCGCUGGGUACAGGAUGGAAGACUGCUGCAGAAACACAACGGUAGAGUUGUACUACGCAACCAGCAGCAACAGUUCUGGCGCGGGUUAUUAUUAUCUGACAAACUUUGACAACAUCGCCAACAGUUAUGUGACACUGUUUGUCCUAAUGGCCGUGAACAACUGGUUUAUCAUCAUGGACGGAUAUGCGGCUGUGGCAUCAGAGUUCAGCAGGCUGUUUUUUGUGUCUUUCUACCUCAUUACUAUGAUUGUUCUGCAAAUUGUUGUGGCUUUUGUCUUGGAAGCAUUCAUAUUCAGGAUCCAGUACAAGACGAAAAUUGGAGACAAACGAGAGGAUAGUCUCAUCAAAGUAGAAAUGCGGCUAUCAAAGGCAGAGAUUGCGUUCUGCACAAAACCCAGAGGGUCUUCAUUAUUGGGGCCUCUUGUUUAUCCAAGUGUCGCAGAGCAAGACACACUGUGCUUUCGAGGAACACACUGGAGAACAAAGUUCUCCUUCUGUCUCAAGAUGUACGCAGAAGAGGUUAAGGAAUGGCUCGACCGUGCAGAAUAUGAAGAAGCGUCUUCGUCCGAGCGGGCCACACUGAAUCCGCAAACGUCUGAUGGGAACUCGUUGCAGAUCAGCAACCUUCGUCGGACAUUCACCCUUUGAGUGCUGUCAUCGUUCGUUGAUAUAACCACGACUCUCUGGUGAUCGCAAGACUGGCAAAAAAUUUAAUAUUUGUGUGUUCAAGGAGUCAUGCUUGCAGUGCAGUGCAUCCGAAGAAAGAAGGAAUAGAAGCAUGUAGGCCCAGUCGUGGAAGCACUACAGCAGCAGCGAUCAAACUACACCUCCACAAACUCCCCGUUGCUUGUAGGCAAGAGGGGAUGCAAGUUGACAACGUGCAUAUGCUAAGGUGCUGUCAGUGUGAUUUGCAAAAGGACUAUGCUAUCAGUGACUAGUAUAAUCCGUAAAGCUACGAUUUUUAAAAGGAAGAAUCGCGGGACAUAUUUAUAGCGGAGGCUUCUAUCGAAAGUGAUUCCUGCGCCAUAGAACGUUAGAGUACCUCAAUUUGACAUAUUGUUGCAAAUGCAAUAUAUACUUUGAGACACAGAAUGCACUUUUACAGUGUCUGUCUCGUAACUGUGUUCAUAUAUUAGCAAAUAAUGCUGCUACAUUAUAUCAUUUAUUUUUAUACAGUUGUUUGUUUUACACUGUUAGCAUACGCUCUCAAAAAUUUAUGAAAAGAAAUGAAAAUAAAGUUAUGUCACCCAGUG